UGCUGUUCAAUUCGUAAACAAAAUGCAUUCUUCUUGAAUGGUGUUUUUAUUUUGAAGUAUCUACCAAAAUGUCGCGCAUUAUAGUUAAACAGCUGCCCAAAAAGAUAACCGAGGAAAAACUACGGAACAUCUUCGGCACAAAGGGAAUCAUUACUGACCUGCAGCUCAAAUACACACCCGAAGGUAAAUUCCGACAAUUCUGUUUUGUAGGGUACAGUAGCGAGCAGGAGGCGCAAGCGGCAGUAAAACAUUUUGAUAACACAUGCAUACAAACUAGCCGGGUACGUGUGGAACUAUGUGCGGCUCUGGGGAGCGAAGAAAAGCCACAAUCUUGGAGCAAAUAUGCUAAGGAUAGCAAAAAGAAUGUCGAAAAGCUUAAGGCGGUAGAGAAAGAACUAGAAAAGGAGAAAAAGGCGAAUAAAAAGACAAAAGAAAAGAAGAUCAACAAAGUAGAUGAGAUAUUAGGAAAACACAAAGAUGACCCGGAAUUUCAGGAGUUUUUGAAGGUGCACGACAAGACACGUGCACUGUGGGCAAACGAUGCCGGCAUAAAUGAUGACCCGACUACCGAGCAAGAUGAUGCUGAAGAAGAGGACGAAGACACGAGCACACCUGGGGUUCGUAAUGAUAGUGGCGUAGAUGCUGGUGACGAGGAGGUCGAAGAUGAGGAAAACGAGGAAGAAGAACCAGCCGAGAAGCUAGCAGCGAAACCAAUUAGCGACUUGGAGUACAUGAAGUCUCUUAUAGCUGGCAAUGAUGCCACUCCAAAGCCAACGAGAUCGUCCAGUGCAAAAGGUCAGACAAAUACAAAAGCUGCCAAAGGCGAUUUGGAUCUAUUUACCAUAAAAAUACACAAUGUGCCGUACAAUACAAAACGCCAAGAUGUUCUCAAGUUUUUUAAGCCGCUCAAGCCCUAUUCAGUGCGGCUGCCAGCUAAAGUCCAUGGCUUCUGUUAUGUGGGUUUUAAAACUGAAAAAGAUAUGGCCAAGGCCAUGUUGAAAAACAAGAGUUUCAUCAAAGGCAAGCAGGUAUUCUUUUCAGACUUUACGGAGCAGAACAAGGUGACAAAGUCCAAGAACAAUGGCGAAAGCGUCGAAUCCGAAACUUCAAUCCAAAGUAGCGGCAAUGCCAAGUGGCAGUAUCAGCAUGAUAGUAUUCAAAAGGAGGAUAAUAUUUCAGUCUCCGGUAGAAUAUUCUUUCGCAACCUGCCCUACACUACAACCGAGGAUGAUUUGCGUAAGCUAUUUGAAGGGUAUGGACCCGUCGUCGAGGUCAAUCUGCCCGUCGACAAAUUAACGCGUCAGAUUAAGGGGUUUGGUACAGUCACAUACAUGAUGCCUGAGCACGCGUUAAAGGCAUUCAACAGUCUGGAUGGCACUGAUUUUCAUGGUCGGCUGCUGCAUUUAAUGCCCGCAAAGGAGCUGGCUAACGACGACGAUGCUAAACGUGAUGGCUUGGAUGAAAACGAUCCCAAUCUCACGUUCCAGCAAAAGAAGGCAUUAAAGUUGAAAAAGACUGCGCAGCAAUCCAUUGGUUGGAAUACGCUUUUCCUUGGCCCCAAUGCCGUGGCCGAUCUGUUAGCAAAGCAGUUUAAGACCACCAAGGAGCGUAUCCUGGACACCAACGAGGGCGGUUCCAGUGCUGCUGUGCGUUUGGCCCUAGGCGAGACUCAGAUAGUUAUGGAGAUGAAGAAGUUUCUCGAGGAAGAGGGCGUUCGACUAAGUGCCUUCGACGAGCCAUCAGUUAAAAGAUCCAACACAGUGAUAUUGGCCAAGAAUCUGCCAGCGGAUACACAGGUCUCAGAGCUCACACCAAUUUUCGCCAAAUUUGGUCCCAUUGGUCGAAUUGUGCUUCCACCCAGUGGCGUCACUGCCCUCAUUGAGUAUUGCGAUCCAGCAGAAGCGCGUCAAGCGUUUAAGAAGCUAGCUUACAGUAAAUUUAAAACUGUUCCGCUGUUCCUUGAGUGGGCGCCAGAACAAAUAUUUACGACAACUCUAAGCGGUGAGCCUGUCAUACCCAAGCAGGAAGAGGUGAAGAAGGAAGAAGUGGAGACAAAGAAUGGAUUUGACGAAACGAAGCAAGGGGAUAAAGAUCUAGUUGAUGAGAAACCACUGCCCGAGGAUGCAGACGAUGAGCCUGAGCCUAAUACAACGCUCUUCCUACGCAACUUAAACUUCAAGACCGUACCGGAGACUAUCAUUGCACAUUUUCAACAUCUGGGCACCAUACAUACCGUUGAAAUAGCGAAGCGCAAAGAUCCACAAAAUCCACGUCAAUUCAACUCGUUAGGCUAUGGUUUCAUUCAAUUCAAAAAGGCUCACGUAGCCGAGCAUGCUCUCAAAGACUUACAAUUAACCAAAAUCGAUGGCAAUCAGGUGGAGCUGAAGCGAAGCGAUCGUAUCCUCAAAACCCAAGAUGAUGGCACACGCCGACAAGUAAAACAGAAAAAGCAGACAGGUACAAAAAUUUUGGUGCGCAAUAUACCUUUCCAAGCGCAGUACAAGGAAGUGCACGACAUAUUCAAAGCUUUUGGCCUAAUGCGCUCGCUGCGCCUGCCAAAGAAGACGGGGCCUGGUCAGGAAGGCCAUCGGGGCUUCGGCUUUGUCGACUUCCUUACCAAUACCGACGCCAAGCAUGCAUUCGACGCACUCAGUGCCAGUACUCAUUUAUACGGUCGUCGGCUGGUGCUCGAGUGGGCAUCAGUGGAAGAUCAACAUGAUGUUGAGGAACUGCGGAAGCGUACAGCAUCCAAAUUCACCGCAACAGUGGCAGCUGGUGAGGCAAAACGUAGCAAGCGCGCCUUCUUCGACAUGGAGGGCAACAUGAAGUUGCCGGCCGAUGGUGAUGGCGACGACGCAGAAUAGUUUUCUUUUUGUUUUGGAUUAUUCGAUAAGUACAUGUAUAUAACAACAAAUAAUAUAUGUAUACAAUAUGCAUAUUUAAGUUAAGAGUCUUAUCCGAAAAUAAAGAACUUUUUAUACCCUGUA